CUCAGGUAUUGGGCAUUGGAUUGCAGCGCACUUUCCAGUUUUCCUACGUUGCACGAUUUAGUCAAUCUUCAGUGUAACCCUCUCCCCAUACUUUCAUCUUGAGAAGUAACAAAGGUUGGAGGGAUGAUAGAACCAUCGGUAAAUCCACGCAAUUUUAGCGACUCCUUACAUGAUACUAGUCUUCAGGAUGGGAAGUUUUUAAAGAGCCCAAGGGUUUUAUUAAAAUCAUUGAAGUUCUCAUAGCAAUCUUUGCGUUUGCAACGACGUGUGACUUCUCAACCAAUGUCAAGCUAAAGUAUGACUGUCGGGGUAACGGAUCAUCUGAACAUUGGAGUGCCAAGUUUACAUACCCUUUCAAGUAAUCCCUCAGGUUUUUCACUUCUUUUUAGUAUUGACUCCAUCGUGCUGCCUCGAUGCAUUGCUAUGGAGAGUAAACAUAUGUAUGGGAAUUUCGCUUCAGCAGCACAGUUUUAUGUGUUUGUUGGUGUCCUAACUAUGCUUUUCUGCGUUGCUAUGGGCGUCUAUUAUGUCUAUUUUCAUGAUCGCUAUUUCACUGACUCACGGUUUAGUAAAUACGUAAGUUCUAUACACCACUCUACAUAUAUAAUAGGAAUUCAUCUUCUCGACUGUCAUUGUUCUGUUAUGGUUUAUCGCCUCUUGUGCAUGGGCCGAUAAUGUAAACCAGUUUAAAACGUAUACGUCAGCAAGUCGGAUCUGCAAUGAAGUGGGACCUAAUGUCCAUUGUGAAGCCGAGGAACAAGCUACCUAUGGGGGACUUAACGUUUCUCUGGUAAUGAUUAUUCACUUUUUGUUGGUUAUAUAUUCAACUGUUUAUACAACUGAAGAAUAAAUAUUCUUGUUUAUCAGUUUGGUAUUAAUAUUAGUACUCACGGUUUAGUCAUUUCUCUUUGCUUACUAGUUGUCUUGUUGUGGAUGUAGAUUCCGUUGAGCAGUUAGUGGAAUUCGCUGCAAAAGAUGAGUAAGGAAUCCUCUGUUCAGAUAUGAUCAGGAAAACAUUUUAAAAGCUGACCCGCUUAAUCACAGUUCUUAUUGCCAAGUUCUAUGCUGAAACAAACUGGUUCUUCGGUAACUUUUUAUAUUUGGCGUUAAAAACUAUUUUGAAAGAUGUUUUGAUCUUGUCUGGGUAUAUGCUUGAAGGUUUGCUGAUUUAUUCCACUUAGACUUCGUAAUUUAGCUCAACUUUAAAGUACCUUCCAUAAAGUCAUGUGAAAACAAACUUUACCGAAAGUGAGUUUUUUAAUGGUUGCAUAGGUUGAUUCCAUCAUUCUCUUUAGCACUUUUCAAUGUCGUAACAAACUUUCUUUGAAAAUUUAGGAUUAGGGAAGACACUUGACUCUAGAUUAGUAUGUUGAUGACUAAAUCUUAGGGUCCAGAGAACGUUACUCAUUUGUUGUUAUUGUUCUGAAUUAUAAAUUUUUCGUACUACCAAACUAAAUGAUUCAAACCCUUGUACCGUAAAAUGUUAAUUGGUAGUUCAGACGGUUGUUACUCAACAAAAUAUAUAUCAAAGUGUGCAGUUGUUCAGAUUGAGUAAUACAUGUUCCAUCCAUCCAAACUAGUUUUUCACGUCUGGAAAUUGUCAUCUGAGUAACACAAAAUAUUAAAAAAGCCUUUUUGGAUAUUGGCUAUUUUCCGGUUAUGGAGAGCAACAUUAAAAAGCUACUUUCAAAGUCGUGAGGUCCUGUUCCUUCUGCACUCCAAUUUUUCCUUUGAUAAAAUUUGAGUAAACCGGUAUUCUUCGUUAGCCCCUUAAACUAGACAGGUAUCUGAUAAACAGCUGUCCACCUGUACUCGCUGGACAUUGAGUAUCUUGUGUAGACAACUGUUUAUAAAUACUUUUACUGUUUUGAUGAUAGUUGUGGUAGUUCAAUAAUGUGCAAAACAAAUAUCAAUGCGAAAAAGGCGUAAUGAUAAUAUACAAAUAAGAAGACGGUAAAAAUAGCAAAGUUAUGUUGUGCAUUGGAUGAAAAACAAUAACCAUCAUGUAAUGAGUGUUACUUAAAAGUUCCUCUUUGGGUAACUCACAAAUGGAGUUAACUCAAUUAUUGAAUAUCAUUCUACACAGUUCGUCCCGACAGAGUAAAGAGAAAUAUAAAUCCAAUAGCGUGAUUAGGAAGUAAUCCAGACCAACAGUCCCAUCUAGUGAAGUGGUCCAUAAGGGCAGUACAAUACUAUUAUACUCUUCAGUCAAAGGCCGUGGCCAAUGGACCAGGGAAGAAAGCGAUGUAGUUAGUAUUUAUUUGAAUGCCGAAAGUGACGUAGGCAUAAAUUAAAACUCAACGAUAUCUACAACUCUUUACUGAUAUCAAUUAAUUACUAGUGAAGUCUAUCCGUAAUUGAUAAGAAUAAACAAUAUGCAUAUUACGUGCGUUCAUCCGCUGACUAUCUCGACAGUCAAUGAUGGCUGAUAUGGAAGUAGGUUGGAAGAAAGCUAUGGGCGGCCAAAUCAAGAUAUAGCAACAGUCCAUGAAGACACUGACUAUUGGACUGGGCCAUGUAAAUAAGUGCGAACUCCCUGGUUGAGGUCCGUACGAUUAUCAUAACCAGUAGUUGAAGACAGGUGACGUGGCUCAAAAUUGGUUACAGUAGUACAGAUGCACUUUCUCUUCCCUCAGAUUUUGUUUUAAAACUAUCAUACGUUGCCCGCAAAGUCAUUCCUUUCUCCCCGAAUCUCUUAGUUCUUUGAACUAUUAUCACUCUCACUAUUCUUCGAUUUGCCUUGACUAUUUCAUCUCUCUGUGCUAAUAGAGUACAACAAUUAGAACCGUCGCACAAAUGUUCCAGGUUAUGCUCUGCGUAUAAUUGACUGAGAUGGUAGUACCCAUAAUAUGCCGCGUAAGUACGGUUUUCAUAUGUGAAAUAAGGAAUACUCAAAUGCAAAAAUAUCGCUUGAGGUCAUCUUAAUGAUUUCAAAUCCGGAGCCAAAAUUGUUUCAAAGUGAUACAUGAUAGAUUAAUCCUUAACACUCAUGUUGGGUGAACGGGAUGAUUCAUCUUUACGACUAGGUUUUCAUUGGUGAGUUAUUUAUGGAUCUUGGUUUUUGGACUUCUAAAUAAGUCAUUAUAUAAGGCCUAAUGUCUCUGCUUUACACAUAUUUUAGUCUUUGUAUCUGAAUUAUACCAACCAAUGAAGAUCUACUUCGUAACUUUAAUAAUUCAGUAUGUUUUUGUUAAUUUAUAUAAAUUAGAUAUUUGGGUUUACCAAUGUUGCUCUAUGGGCAGCUGGUUUAUGGUUCAUAUGGAAAGAAACUCCAUGGUCCGGAAAUAAUUCUCUACUUGGACCAGAAAAUAUCGCUACUGCUGCCGAUGGGUCUCAAAUGUAGUGCGCACUCCAACAAGUCUCCAUGUACUGUUCUUUCAAGAAUUAGAUGAACUACAUUAUUUUGUGUGAUGAUAAUGAGACAAACCCACUUGUAAAUCACUCAUUUAUCAGUUGUUAUUUCUAUCCAUAUGUUUUCCCAUUUAAAUCGAAGCUAACAAACGAAAUAGUGCAUUUUGUUUGUUUCAUUACUAUAAGAUUACUGCUUCCAUUCACAAAUUGUUCAUGACUAUGUCGAUAAUUAUGUUACGGCACCAGUGUUUUUGAACUGAACAUUUUCUUAGGUAAAAUUUCAUUUUCUAUCAUAUCAUUCUUUCUAAAUACAUUAUUCAGGUAACAUUGUCCCGCUUUUUUGCCAUGUCUUCAUUUUGUUAAAUGUGAUGAUAAUUUUGUUGUUGUAAUCGCUAAUCAAUCACAUACAUCGUUUGUAUAUCAUAAUAAAGCAAACACAAUUCA